CUCAUCUGUAGGAAGUAAAGUCUGCGUACACGGUAAUGUGCUAGUAUAUGCGUGUGUGUUGCUGGAGCAAAAUGCUUAGAAGCACAGAUACCAAACAAUUUGACACUGAAUUAUAACCGCUUGUCUUUUCCCUAUGGAUGGAUAUAUGGUCACAUGCAGAAAGGAAAAAGGAUCAUCUGGCUGUUGCGUUGGAUUAUUAGGGUUGACCAGAACACUGUGACUUGAAGUGCAAGGACAAAGAGGAACUGUUUGAAGACAGUGGGUUAUAGGGCACAUUCUCGGCAAGGAAAAUAGCAAGAGAGAACAACCAUGUCCAACCAGGAGUCUGACGUGUACACCAUCUCGCCGGAGAUGCCGGCCGUGUUUGACGGGGUGAAGCUGGCGGCGGUUGCCACAGUGCUCUACAUCAUCGUGCGCUGCCUGAAUCUCAAGAGCCCCACUGCCCCCCCGGAGCUCACUUACCAGGACACGGCCCUCAACCGCUUCUUGCUCAAGUCCUGCCCACUCCUGACCAAAGAGUACAUUCCUCCGCUGUUGUGGGGUAAGAGUGGGCAUCUGCAGACGGCGCUUUACGGGAAACUGGGCAGGGUGAGCUCGCCGCACCCCAACGGCCUCCGCAAGUUCCUGCCCAUGAUGGAUGGUGCCACUGCCACCUUCGACCUCUUCGAGCCCAUGGCUGAUCACCCGACAGGAGAUGACAUCACCAUGUGUGUUGUGUGUGCGUUGCCCUCAGGGUGCACGUGGGAGUACGGCGCGAUGGUGGGGUACAUCAAGAAGGCGUACCCCCAGACGCAGCUCAUCGUGGUGGGCUUCAGCCUCGGCGGCAACAUCGUAUGCAAGUUCCUGGGCGAGAACCGGGCUAACCAGGAGCGCGUGCUGUGCUGCGUGAGCGUGUGCCAGGGCUACAGCGCACUCAGGGCACAGGAGACCUUCCUUCAGUGGGAUCAGUGUAGGAGGUUUUACAACUUCCUGAUGGCUGACAACAUGAAGAAGAUCAUCCUCUCACACAGGGGCAGCCUGUUUGGCAGCAGCUCCAAUAAGAUGCUGGACAUCAACCUUAGCCGGCUCUACACAUGCACCUCCCUCAUGCAGAUCGAUGACAACAUCAUGAGGAAAUUUCAUGGCCACAGUUCCCUGAAGGAAUAUUAUGAGAAGGAGAGCUGUGUGCAUUAUAUUCACAAUGUGAACGUUCCGCUGUUGCUGGUCAACUCGGCAGACGACCCGCUGGUGCACGAUUCUCUGCUCACCAUUCCACGCACACUCGCAGAAAAGAAAGAGAAUGUGGUGUUCGCACUGUCCCUGCACGGCGGGCACCUGGGCUUCUUCGAGGGCGCCGUGCUCUUCCCGCAGCCCCUCACCUGGAUGGACAAGGUGAUCUUGAGCUACGCUAACGCCAUGUGCCAGUGGGAGAAGCAGAAGCCUCAGUGCCUAGGCAGCGGCGGGCACACCGCUACCGCCACGUGCCAGGAAGAAGCCACGCAAUCCUAGAGUGCACUGGACAGGCCUCUCUGACCCACCCCACACCCCACUCCCCACUCCACACCCCACUCCCCACUCCACACCCCACUCCCCACUCCACACACCCACCAGGCUGCCCACUCGCCCAGCCAUGUCUAUUCUCACUGUGCUUCUGUGCCCACCGCCCUCCCCAGAAUUUGACCUUUUGUCCCUUGAAGCCUCACCCCGCUGUCCUCCGAGUCACCCACAUCACCUUACCUGCGAAAGCAUCCUGAGGAGUUUUCCUUCGAUGCCUUUGUGCACGUGGCAAUUUUUUUUGUAGAAUGGGAGAACGAUUUUUUUUUCUCUGUCAUUCUUGAAAAGUCUCCUCAACUUUCCCAGAGAGGGGAAGUGUGAGAGCGAGGGAGAGAGACAAACCACGUUGACCAAAACAAGACUCGAAGAAAAAAAAAAAAAAAACAGGAAAAAAAUGUACCACGCAAGUGACUUGUCGUUAUGUUUGGAGAGCACGGGCACUAUCAUCUCAGUUCCUGAGACCAUGCGGAGGACCAAAGGCCUCCGUCUUCAUAGAAUGACUCUCGCUGUGGGACUCCCACAAAAGGCUGGCCAGACAGAACGGCCCGCCUGCUUCCCAAAGGACA